CAUCAGGAGUAAAUUAAUACGGGAGUUUUGGAGUUUUUAUGGUGAUUGAUGUCGAGCUUUGAUCUCGUAUUGGAAAAAUGCCGGAUUACGUUGCUCGUGAAGUUCCUAAGCUAUGGAGGAAAAUUUGCGCAGAGACAUCUAUAGAGGUUUCGCUUCUUUCCAAGAACUGGAAGUUCCUUCUCGCUGGAAUUAUUUUUCAGUAUUUACAUGGCUUGGCUGCUCAUGGAGUUCAUUAUCUGCAUCGUCCUGGGCCAACACUACAGGAUACCGGCUUUUUUUUCCUACCAGAGCUCGGUCGAGAUAAAGCUUAUAUGAGCGAGACUCUCUUCACAAUCAUCUUCUGUUCCUUUGUUUUGUGGAGUUUAAAUCCUUUCUUCUUCCAAAGCAAAAGAAUAUACACGGUCCUGAUUUGGUGCAGGGUUCUUGCUUAUUUAGCUGUUUCUCAAAUUCUGCGGAUCUUGACAUUCUAUUCUACUCAGCUUCCUGGUCCAAACUAUCAUUGUCGGGAGGGCUCAAAACUUGCGAGGCUGCCCCCUCCAGAGAGUGCAGUUGAAGUCCUCUUGAUAAACUUUCCUCAUGGGGUCAUCUAUGGCUGUGGUGAUUUGAUUUUUUCGUCACACAUGAUUUUUACCUUAGUAUUCGUACGUACAUACCAAAAAUAUGGAACAAAGAGAUGCAUUAAGCAGUGUGCUUGGGUUCUUGCCGUGGUUCAGAGCCUCCUAAUUAUAGCGUCUCGCAAGCACUACACUGUUGACAUUGUCGUUGCUUGGUAUACUGUAAAUUUGGUAGCAUUCUUUGUUGACAAUAAACUGCCAGAGUUGCCUGACCGAUCUGUUGGUUCUACAACUCCAUCAGUACUACCAUUGAGCACAACAGAUAAGGAUAGUAGGAACAAAGAGGAGUUUCACAGAUUCAUGAAUGGGAGUUCAGCUGAUAUUACAGUUUGAGUAUGAAUCAUCAUAUCCAGUUUCACUUUCACUUCACUAGAUGCUGGAUAGUUUUCAGCAUGUAUAUCGCAUAUUUCCCAAGCCAUAGGAACAGGUGAAUCGCAAGAUUCAAGAAUGUAGCAACAUACAAAACAUAGAUUAACAGCCCAAGCUGAAGAUAGCUUUGCUGUUAUAGUCAGUAUAUAUGCUUACUAAAGUCUGUUUAACAAUGAAUUGUCUCGUGUUCUGUGAUGCCGAUAAAACCUGAUGAUUUGUAUAUUUUAGUUAAAUGGGUAUGCUUUCUUUUAGGUGCUCAA